AUGGUGGCUUCCAGCGUGGUCAGCCUCCUGGCAAUUGCCUUCCAGGCGUGGUUCGUCGGCGCCGUCGUGGAGCUGGAUGUCAACGUCACCGCCAUCACGUCCGAGGUUGAGUCCGACUUUACGGCCGUCUACUACUCCAGCAAGAAGCCCCUCCUGAUCGGAAACGACGGAGACCCAGACACAGGCGGCUUCCGUGUCUUCGACCUCAAUUCCGAGUCGCUGUCGCAGGUGUCUUCCGAGGUGACUGGACGAACCAAGCUCGUCACCACGGUGCAUGGCGUCGGCGAGAAGGAUCUGGUCGCGACAAUUGCGCAGCCCGAUUCCGUCAUCCGGCUCUUCGAGGCGCCCAAGCUCAAGCACAUCAAAGAUGCCGACUUCAAGGCGCUCGGUGACUGGUCGGCGCUCUGCUCGUGGAAGAGCCAGGCCGGCAACGACUAUCUCUACCUCUUCGGGAAGAAGCAGGCUGUGCAGCUGCUUGUGCGCGAGACCAAGAAGUCGGUUGAAAUCGUCGAGAUCCAAACAUUUGACACGUCAUUCGAGGUUUCUGGAUGCGCUGUGUCACGGUCGCAGUCACGCAUGUACAUGUCAGUGGAUGACGACAAGGAUGUCUACGUGUUCUCGCUAAAGGAGAGCACCGAGUCACCUGAAAUCACCAAGUUCGGCGAGGCCGCCGACGAUGUGACUGGCGUGGCCGUCUACGUUUCCGGCAAGAAGGACUCCGACUACCUCUUUGUGGCCCAGGAGGACAAGGUCGCCAUCUACGACAAGAAGUUCACACUCGUGGCCACCCUGACCCUGACUGGACUGGAAGACAUUGAGAUUUCAGGCCUCAACGUGUACCAGGCGGCCACUUCCAAGUACGCCGCGGGCGUGUUGACCUAUGCGAUCGAGACAGACGCGGGCAAGGGCUUCGGCGUCACUUCUCUGGCCGAUAUUCUAAGCGAGGUUGGAAUCAAGGCGAACACGGCGUUCAACCCGCGAAAGGAGAAGGAAACCUCCAAGGACCCGAUCUGCAACACCUGCUCCGCGAGCGGAUACUGCCUCAAGGACAAGCAGCAGAAGUGCGACUGCUUCUCAGGAUUCGCUGGAAAGCAGUGCACCAAGUUCACUUGCACGGACGACUGCUCCGGCCGCGGGAAGUGUGUUGGCCCGAACGAGUGCAAAUGCAAGAAGGGAUGGGGCGGUCUGCACUGCUCGUUCCUCCUCGUGGAGCCUACCUUUGAGACUGAGGCCAGACCCGGCGACGGAGACGAUCCUGCGAUUUGGAUCUCGCCGGUUUCUCGCGAGGAUUCCCGCAUCGUCGCCACCAUGAAGUCCGGAGACGCGGCUGGGCUGGGAGUGUUUGACCUGGCCGGGAACCUCGUCCAGUCGUUCGCUGCCGGCGAGCCCAACAACGUCGACAUGAUCUACGGCUUCAAAGCCGGCGACCGCACCGUCGAUCUGGCAUUUGCCGCCUGCCGAGAGGACGACACGCUCUGCCUCUUUGAAAUGCAGUCCAACGGCACCCUGGUCAACAUCGCCGGCGGAAGCCACCCCGUCGUGGACGACUUCAGCGUCUACGGCUCGUGCACCUACCGCUCUCCCGGCACCGGAAAGCAAUAUCUCUUCGUCAACGAAAAGUCCGCCCGGUACCUCCAGUAUGAGUUGACGUCCACUUCCGACGGCGAGCUCCAGACGACCCUCCUGAGGGACUUCACCGGAGGGAGCGGCGGACAGGUCGAGGGGUGUGUCACGGACGAGGAGAACGGCUGGAUCUUCAUCGGAGAGGAGCCGUCUGCGCUCUGGAGAUAUGGCGCGGAGCCGGAUUCCGCAGACGAGGGUGUUUUGGUCGCCAAGGUCGGUGAUGGCCAGAUCUACGGCGAUGUCGAGGGCGUCACCUUGGUCGUCGGACCCAAGCCCGACCAAGGAUUCAUCCUCGUGUCCUGCCAGGGCGUCAGCGCGUACAACGUCUACCGCCGAGCAUCUCCCCACGCGUACGUGACGACCUUCACCGUCACCGAAUCGGCGGACGGCAAAAUCGACGCCGUUAGCAACACGGACGGGCUUGCGGCCGUCGGCGUAGCCCUGAACGAGGAUUUCCCGUACGGUCUGGUGGUUGUGCACGACGACGCAAACCAGCUGCCGAACGGGUCGACCAGCAACGCCGCGAGCUUCAAGCUGAUUAGCCUCGAGGAUAUCUUGGGGUCCAAGAACUUGGGCAUCAAGGGGCUGCUGGAGGAGAUUGACACGGACUGGGAUCCCCGAGCGUAA